AUGGCAUCCCUUGAUUCGAUAAUCAGUGAUGAAACAUCAUUAUCUUCGUCAUCUUCUUUUUUAACAACAUCAACUUCAUCAUCUCCACCAUCAUUUUUAAUAUCCACAUCAUCAUCAUUAUUUUCAUCAUCUUCACCAUCAUCAUCAACAACAUCAUCUUCGUCAUCACCAACUUCGAAACCAGUAUCAUCAUCAUCAUUUUUACCACCUAAACCAUCCAUCGUGAAAACAACAUCGAAUAAACGUAAAACAAUGUUAUACAUUGAAGGAUAUCAAUAUCAGUUGAAAGAUUAUAAUAAAAAUAAAACGAUUAAAUUUUGGCGUUGUGCAAAAAGAGAUUGUGGUGUUCUUUUACAUACAAAUCUCAAUGAUGAGUUUAUACGUUAUUCUGGAAAAAAUAUUAAUCAUAAACAUCUUCCAAAUCCUGCUGCAUUAGAAAUACGUGAUCUUAAAGAAAAAAUGCGACAAAGAGCUGAAACAGAAUUAGUACCAUUACAAGAAAUUGCUGAACAAGAAGUUCGAAAUGGUCUAUUAACAGGUGAUGCACUAGCUAAUUUACCAAAUAUUUUUGAAAUUGGUCGUGGUUUAAGUCAUGUUCGGCAAAAAAAUCUUCCUUCGAUACCAAAUUCAUCUUCUUUUGUCAUACCCGAUAAGUACACAAGAGAUUAUCUUGAUCGUGAUCGUUUAUUAUUACAUGAUAGUACAGAUCCACAUUUUCAAUUUGAUUCAUCAGAUGAUAUACAACCAUCAGGAAGAAUUUUAAUUUGGUCAUCAGAUAUUCAACUUCAUUUAUUAUUUAACAGUGAACGAUUACAUAUGGAUGGUACAUUUUCCACUUCACCUCCACAUUUUGCUCAAGUCUUUAUUAUACGAACAAUACAUCAUGAAUCUUUUUAUAGACAUGUUCAAUCACAAGGUUUAUCAUCUAGUUAUCUGAAUAAUAUUAUGGUUCGAAAUGUUAUUAAACAAGCAAUGGCAUUAGCAUUAGUGCCUCCAUCACAUGUUCAAGUAUUAUUUAAUAAACUUGGUCAAGAAUUAAAUGAUGAUGAACGUGAAGAAAUUUCAGGUUUAUUACAAUAUUUCAAGAACCAUUGGAUGCGUCAAGUAUCGAUAUGGAAUGUUUAUGAAAUACCUGAUCGAACAAAUAAUUAUAGUGAAGGCUACAACAACAGAUUUAAAAGACGUCUACAGAAAAUUCACCCGAAUAUUUGGCAUUUCAUAGAUUCAAUUCGAGAAGAAGUUCAUACUAUUCAUGAUUUAAUUCAACAAAUUAACAGUGGGAUGCCGCCUCGAACAAAAAGAUCUCAAACAAGGACAUCUGAACGACGCAUCAAAGAACUUUAUGAUCGAUUUAAUCAAAACAAAAUUACAGUACAAGAACUUUUACGUGGUCUUUCUUUUUAUGUUGCAAAUAAAAAAUAA